ACAAGUGAAAACAACAGAUCUCGAGUGUUCUCUAAGGGGUUGACAAAGGGGGGGUGAGGGAAUGAGGGAAUCGCCCUCUCUUGCCCCCUCCCUCUCCCUCGCCCUCCUUCUCAUCGCUCCCUCCUGGUCCUCCCGCUCCCCGCAACCCCCAAAAAUCAUUUACAUAAAUCUUACAUACAACCUGGACUUCGAUCGAACUUGGAACUCAUCUUAACCUUUGUUUACAUACUACCAUAUCUAAUACCCGCCUCGAGUGAUGUCCGAACCGCAACCGCUUCCUACUUCAUCUUCAUCUCCUCCCACUUCACUCUCUCCUGUCCGUGAAGCAUCGCCGCGAAAAGAUCCUAACACCUCUACGAGUGCUGUUAAUCCCAGCAACAAGCGUCCAAUGCAGACCUACUCAAUUGACACCGCGGCUCUCGAUGCUUACCUUCGUUCAACAAGGAACCAACACCAGCAUCAACCACUCAACCCUCACGAUAUUCAACAUCAGUCUGUCCCUCGCCACGUCCUCCUCCAUCCACCAACUUCCUCUACCAUUUCUCCUUCCAACUCCCUCGGACUCAUAACCACCCCACCUCAUAUUUCCGUGGCUAAUGAUCACCUUAUUCUGGCACCCGCUCCCAGGCGACACUACGACACCGGUCUAGGUCUAGGUCUCCGUCCAUGCGCUGCUCUACAUGACGACGAUGAUCCCUCUAUACCUUUCAACCCAUAUACGGAUCAUCUACGAACUUCAAGGCCUCGUUCUUUCACCUCUCCAAGUGUACUCCUUGCUCCACUUGCUGCUGCUGCUACCCGAUCACCAGCACAUAAUGACCAUGACGAUAGUCAUGGAGAUACGAAUUCGUUGACGAUAACACGUCCCUUCACCCCUUCAUCCACCGCUGGAGAUCACGGCCAUGGCCAUGCUAACAGAUCUAACUCUGUGCCAAAUAUUUUCACGCCGUCCUUGAUUGGUCCUGCCACUGCCACUCGAAACGAUCUUCUCACAAGCCAUACCCAUGGGGGGAACCGGUGUGAGGUUAGUGAUCAUCAACAUUUGGAUGAUCCGAUGAACAAGUCUCUACUGGGCGCUGAGCGGUUUCUUGAACGGGCUCACCUUGAUGACACCUGUCAUCUGGAUCCCAAUUCCAUUCCCACAACAAACGAAUGUGAGUUCACGCUCGUUACUCUUCCGUUUCACGUGCUUUUUUUUUUCCUUCUCCCAUUUUUACUACCACCUUCCUUGCCGAUCCCCCAACUGCUAUUUACUCGUCACGUAUUAUUCGGUUCAUUCGAGUGUUCUUGUCCAACUCUGGUCUUCCGGACCGGCGGUUCGACAGAUCGGGGUCGAGAGAGAGAGAACACUAAGGGAAGCGCAUGGAUUGACCAAAGGCGUGCACUUGGCAUUCUCCAAUCCUCAUCCCAAAAUUUUCAUCCCUUCAUCCUCCCACCCUUGGGUUCUUCUUUGGUAUCUCAUUAUAAAUCUUGAACGUAAUGUGUACAAAGCUGCCACACAGAGGCAGUAAUAGUACUUGCUUGAACGGUUUCGAAGCACUGCCUUCGGAGCUGAUUUCGAGUCGCUA